AACAAAAGCAUCAUUUCCUGAAAGCUCCUCCUCCUUCUGCUCCCCUCCCCUUUGCUCUCUCCCCAGCACCUUAGAGCAUUGAGGAACUAGACUACAAUCAAUAUGACUAAACCUCUAUGCAAAUACCUGUCAGUCCAGCCGUAGCAGGAAAUGUGUGUGUUUUAGGGCAGUGUUUUCUGCCCAGAGCUUACCUGUAGUCUGCGUUGUCCAAAUGUGUGUGUUGGUGUUCUGAGGAGCUGGUAGGGCCGUCUGCUAUUGGGAAACAUUACAGCUGUGAGGUGUUUCCACAGCUCCAGCACAUGGAACGAUCUGUCGUUGUAAGGGAAAGGUGAAUUAGGGGUGUGUGGUCUUUCCGCCCAAAGCUUUUGGACUCAUGGCUUCUAUUCUGCCGCUUUGGACUAAACUCUAUUCACAGUUGGGACGACCUCUUCCCAAGGACCUGUCCUGCAUCGAUGACCUCUCCAACUCUCUAUUCUCCUCUCCGGCCGACUCACUGUCAGACUACGCCGAUGCCCAGGCCUUCAUCCCCACAGAUAACCUGGCCCACGUGCCCACGAUAUGGGACAUAAACACACCAGCACAGAGCCAGCUGGAGCUGAAUGCCAACAGGUUUCAGGGUUUGAACAGUUUGGAGGAUAUCUCUGCCAUUAUCAGCACCCCACCUUUGGGAGGAUACCAGGCUCAGAGAAACCAGACUCCGGCAGAAGAGGAUGCAGAGGAGGAGGAGGAAGAGACAGAGGAGCUGGGACAUGUAGACACCUACGCUGACUACAAACCAUCCAAAUCCACCAUAGGGAUCUCCCACCCAGACAUAGUGGUGGAGACCAACACGCUGUCCAGCGUCCCUCCACCUGACAUCACCUACACUCUGUCCAUUCCUGACUCCACCAUCAACUGUGGCCUGCUCUCUGCCCUGCAGCUAGAGGCCAUCAUCUACGCAUGCCAGCAACACGAGGUAAUUCUGCAGAACAACCAGAGAGCAGGCUUCCUGAUAGGAGACGGGGCCGGAGUAGGGAAAGGCCGCACGGUGGCCGGCAUCAUCCUGGAGAAUUACCUAAAGGGAAGGAAGAAAGCGCUAUGGUUCAGUGUAUCCAAUGACCUGAAAUACGACGCAGAGAGAGAUCUGAAAGACAUAGAUGCUCCCACCAUUCCUGUGCAUGCCUUAAACAAGAUAAAGUAUGGAGACACAGCUACCUCAGAAGGAGUACUGUUUGCGACAUACUCUGCACUGAUCGGAGAGAGCCAAGCAGGGGGGCAGCACCGCACCAGACUCAAGCAGAUCCUGGACUGGUGCAAGCCCGGCUUUGAUGGAGUUAUUGUGUUUGACGAAUGCCACAAGGCCAAGAAUGCUACGUCCACCAAGAUGGGCAAGGCCGUGCUGGACCUGCAGCACAACCUGCCGCUGGCCAGGGUGGUUUAUGCCAGUGCCACAGGUGCCUCUGAGCCAAAGAACAUGAUCUAUAUGAGCCGCCUGGGGAUCUGGGGCGAGGGCACGCCCUUCAAGACCUUUGACGACUUCCUGCACGCCAUCGAGAAGAGGGGUGUAGGCGCCAUGGAGAUUGUUGCCAUGGACAUGAAGGUGAGUGGGAUGUACAUCGCCCGGCAGCUGAGCUUCUCAGGGGUGUCCUUCCGCAUCGAGGAGAUCGGUCUGGACGACGACUUCAAACUGGUCUACAACAAAGCUGCCAAACUGUGGGCGGAGGCGCUGGCCGUGUUCAUGCGUGCAGCGGACGAGCUGUGUCUGGUCAGCAGGAAGUCCCUGUGGGGUCAGUUCUGGUCUUCCCACCAGCGCUUCUUCAAAUACCUCUGCAUCGCCGCCAAGGUUCGCUGCCUGGUGGAGCUGGCCAAGAAAGAACUGAAAGCUGGCAAGUGCAUCGUGAUUGGUCUACAGUCCACAGGAGAGGCCCGAACCAGAGAGGUCCUGGAUGAGAACGAUGGGCACCUGGACAGAUUCGUAUCUGCAGCAGAGGGUGUGUUCAAAGCUCUGGUACAGAAACACUUUCCCUCCGAGAAGCAGAGAGAGAAGGCGCGUGGAAACAAGAGAAAACGUAAGCCCAGGGGCCGGCAGCCCAAAUUCCCAAAGCACACCAUGGUGCAUCUGGGGGGCGUGAUCAACAUCAGUGACGACAGCAGCACGGACACUGAUGGCAUGGACACCGACUCCAACUCCUCGCCAGACUCCCUGAUGGACAAUAACGAUGACGUCAUCUUCGUCCAGCACACCAGCUGUCACACAGCCAGUAUAGAGAAGAUGAAGCAGAGCCUCCUGAACAAGAUCGCUGACCUGGGAAAGGAACUACCUCUGAACACUCUGGACGAGCUCAUUGACCAGUUUGGAGGACCAGAGAUGGUAUCGGAGAUGACGGGUCGUAAGGGUCGCGUGGUGCGGCGUCCUGACGGAAGCGUGCGUUAUGAGUCGCGUGCAGAGCAGAGCCAUACCAUAGACCACAUCAACCUCAAGGAGAAGGACCGCUUCAUGUGUGGAGAGAAGAUGGUGGCCAUCAUCUCUGAGGCGGCCAGCUCGGGCAUCUCCCUGCAGGCAGACAAGCGGGUGAAGAACCAGCGUCGGAGGGUCCACAUAACCCUAGAGCUGCCCUGGAGUGCAGACAGAGCCAUCCAGCAGUUUGGUCGUACACAUCGCUCUAACCAGGUGACGGCUCCAGAGUAUAUCUUCCUCAUCUCUGAGCUGGCCGGGGAAAGACGCUUCGCCUCCAUUGUGGCCAAGAGACUGGAGAGCCUGGGUGCAUUGACCCACGGUGACAGGAGAGCCACAGAGUCCAGAGACCUGAGCAAAUACAACUUUGAAAACAAGUACGGUACCAAGGCUCUGGAUAAGAUCACCAAAGCCAUCCUGGGCCACAUCGAGAGCAAGGUGUCCCCUCCCAAAGGUUACCCCGGGGGUGAUGCUCUGUUCUUCAGAGACAUGAAGCAUGGCAUGAUGGACGUGGGUAUCUUCUGCAAGGAGCCACGGUUUGGUCUCAGCACUGAGAAAGACUGCAGCAUCACCAAGUUCCUCAACAGGAUCCUGGGCCUGGAGGUCCACAAGCAGAACUCUCUGUUCCAGUACUUCACCGACAACUUUGACUACCUGAUCGAGAAGGACAAAAAGGAGGGCAAAUACGACAUGGGAAUCCUAGAUCUGGCCCCAGGUAACGAUGAAAUCUACGAGGAGAAGCAAGAGACCUUCAUGACAGUGGGAAACCCCCAGGACGGACAGGUCGUGCUCUACAAGAUCAGCGUGGACAGAGGUAUGCCCUGGGAGGAGGCCUAUGAGAAGGUCCAGAACCUCAACAGUCCUGACGAGGGCUUCUACCUAUCCCACAAGUUGCGAGGGAACCACCCGUGUGUGCUGCUGGCGGAGCAGGGUCGAGGGAGGAACUUCAUAGUGUACAAGCCCAACAUCGGCAAGCAGGCCCACCCAGAGAGCCUGGACAAUCUGCAGCUACGCUACCGCAAGGUGACUCCAGACCAAGCCAAGGACAGCUGGGAGAGCCAGUUCAACUUCUCCUUUGGGAAAUGUAGCCAUGCUAACUGGAACGGGAAGUGUAAGAAGAUCGAGGAGGGUCAGGAGUGUCUGCAGGGAAUGCGUCUGCGCCAGUACCACAUGCUGUGUGGUGCGCUACUGCGCGUCUGGAAGUAUGUUGCCGACGUGGUCUCUGACAUCACCUGCUCCAGCAUCCUUCAGAUCGUACGCCUCAAAACCAAAAAUAGUAACAAGCAAGUCGGUAUCAAGAUCCCAGAGAACUGUGUGGCCCGAGUGCGGCAGGAACUUCUCAAAAUGGACGAGGAGGUGAAGAGAAGGCGCAAAGAGAAGGAGCAGCAGCGCGCCCAGGAGCAGCGGCUAGCCGAGGAGCGGCAGCUUCAGAACCAACACCUGCUGGCCAAGCUUUACAGCCAGAGACAGACCCUAAACCACAGCUUCAAGAACCAGAACUUGUCGCAGAGCCUCAGCCAGGGCCUCAAGACCCAGCACCUGAGCCUGGCCCAGGCCAAUCCUCUACAGGUCAAGCCUCUACUCCAGCUCAAACCCCAGCUCGGUCCAGUCAACCAGCUCCCCAGCAUGGCCAGCCCCACCUCCCACUUCUCCAAUUUCCCCCACCCCUUCCCCUCCUCCAAGCCCCCUCGGACCGGGGAGGAGGUCUUAGACCUGACGGUGAGCCCCUCUCCCUCCCCAGACAGCAAAGAGAGAGGCCUGGUCCUCGACUGCCUGACCAGAGACGGCUUUGGCCUGGACUCUCUGAUAUUGCUGAGCGAGCUCGCCGCCCAGAACACUGCACACAAACUGCAGCAACCUCUACAGCCACUGCCACCACUGGCAAAGCCACAGCAGCUACAGUCGCCACAGCAGAUACAGCUACAGUUGCCACAGCAGAUACAACCGCAGCUACAGUCGCCACAACAGAUACAUCCACAGCUACAGUCCACACAGCAGAUACAAACACAGCUACAGUCCACACAGCAGAUACAAACACAGCUACAGUCACCACAGCAGAUACAACCACAGCUACAGUCGCCACAGCAGAUACAUCCACAGCUACAGUCGCCACAGCAGAUACAGCUACAGUCGCCACAGCAGAUACAACCACAGCUACAGUCGCCACAGCCGAUACAACCACAGCUACAGUCGCCACAGCAGAUACAACUACAGUCACCACAGCAGAUACAACCACAGCAACGGUUGGACAGUCCGACUCUAAUCAACUGCGACCACCAGGACUACUAUGACAUCCUCAAACUGCUGGAAGAUCCAGACCAUCUGCCUUACUCUCUGUCUAGCCAGACAACUACUAACCCCUCCACUUCCUCCAACACAGUGGCUCAAGUCUCGUCCGGCCUCCUCUCUUCCCCCUCUACCCCCUCCUCCUCUCUCUUCUCUUCUUCGGCCCUGGCCCCCUCAGAACAGCAGCCGCUCCCUCUGGCCAACGGCCACUGCAGCACGGACGCCCUCAUCAAUGUGCGCGAAGUGCUGGACAACAUGCUACGGACCAGCGCAGACCGGCAGUCGGUUAUCCAUUACCGGCUGCCUGAAUGGGACUCUGUGUAACCACAUCAUCAGUGUGGCUGUCUGAAUGGGACUCUGUGUAACCACAUCAUCAGUGUGGCUGUCUGAAUGGGACUCUGUGGAACCACAUCAUCAGUGUGGCUGUCUGAAUGGGACUCUGUGGAACCACAUCAUCAGUGUGGCUGUCUGAAUGGGACUCUGUGGAACCACAUCAUCAGUGUGGCUGUCUGAAUGGGACUCUGUGGAACCACAUCAUCAGUGUGGCUGUCUGAAUGGGACUCUGUGGAACCACAUCAUCAGUGUGGCUGUCUGAAUGGGACUCUGUGGAACCACAUCAUCAGUGUGGCUGUCUGAAUGGGACUCUGUGGAACCACAUCAUCAGUGUGGCUGUCUGAAUGGGACUCUGUGGAACCACAUCAUCAGUGUGGCUGUCUGAAUGGGACUCUGUGGAACCACAUCAUCAGUGUGGCUGUCUGUGUCCUCUAGCUCCUGAGUGUGAACGCACACCUCAUCCCCUCAGGGCCUCGUCACAUCACUGCCUGUCCUGUGCUCUUCUCCUCCUUAACCCUCCCAGACACUGGAUCCACAGGCCAGGGUCACUUUCACUGGACCAAAUGUGUGGUCCCGUUCAGAGAUGGUAAACAUACGACCCAGGUGGAACUGGCCGGGUCCCUUCGCUGAGAGAGAGAGAGCAAAUGGUUUCUAUAUGGCGUUUCUACACCAAGGCUUGACUCAAUGAAGAAAAACAAUUCCAACAGGGUUUGAUUAUGUUUCUAUAACUAUCAAAAGCUCAUGUGCUUUAAAAAAAAAUCCAACCUGGUUGCAAUUGUUGUUUUUUUAAAUUGAGGAAACCUGAAUGUAGAAAUAUUUUUCUAGAACCACAGCUAGUCGCUACUGGUUUUCACUUGUAACAUCGCUGGAUUCAAACUGCCUCAUGCACAUCUGUAUGCUUUUCUGCGUUGUCCUGUAAUUUGCUUCAUCGCCAUUGCAUCGACUUGGUUUGUUAAAACCAAGGGCUCUACUCAAAAACAUAAAACUGGAAAAAUCGACAAUGUUUCAGUUUUGGCUCCUUCUUCUCCCUCGCUCUCUGCUGUUUCUACCAUCACUCUCUCUAGUGUGGCCUGUGUGAAAAAAGAAAACAGUCAGCCGUUGUAACAGUGCCUUUGGAAACCUACUUAAAUGCAGUCUUUGAAACCCAUAUAGGCCUAAUGUAUAGAUUUGUACUGGAAGCAUAGGUAUGUUAAUUUAUUAUAUUUGUAUUUAACUUAACCCUCCUCGGCCCUCUAUUGGGUCUAUGCUGGUGGCAGAUGCCAGGGGUCGUCCCCACGGGCCCAGUAUGUGUAUGUCUGUCUGUGUGUGGACCUUAUAGCUGUCCCUUCAGCAGGUCUGUUCUGUGUGGAACCCUGCUUUUCCAGGCCAUGUUAUAGACAGAGAGCAGGGGUUAGAUGGGAUGGACACUGCUGAUGUGAUGCAAUUGGGUGGAUAGUUUAAAAUGGUGUCAUAUCCUACUUUUAGUCUACUUACCAUUCAUCCAACGGUGACUCCUGGGUUGCUUUUGAUUUGAAGUUCUCAGGAAUGUCUCGGGUGCAUUUGUUAUUUUGUUUAACUUUCAGACCAACAUUGAUAUGAGUAUUUGUUUUAGCUUUUAUAUAUAUAUAUAUAUAUAUAUAUAUAUAUAUAUAUGCUAAAACAAAUAAUA